UAUCAUCCUGCUCCUUCAUUUACGUUUGUUCAAUCUAACUUUCCUACUUCAUACCCAGCCUUAACUCGGGUUUGAUUGUGCAGUAUUCACCUCAAUGGCACCAAAUUCUGCAGUGCCAGAUGAACAGGUUGUUGUUGGAAAGGAGAUAGAUCAUGUAAGAGUGGUCACUUUGAACAGGCCGAAACAGUUGAAUGCCAUCUCACCUGAACUGGUUUCUCUGCUAGCAACAUAUUUGGAAAAGUGGGAGAUGGAUGAAAAUGCAGAGCUAGUUAUCAUAAAGGGAGCUGGUCGAGCUUUUUGUGCUGGAGGGGAUCUGAGAGUGUUCUAUGAUGGCAGAAAAACAAAGGAUGCCUGUCUUGAAGUUGUCUAUAGAUUUUACUGGUUAUGCUACCACAUUAGUACCUACAAGAAAACCCAGGUUGCUCUUGUUCAUGGAAUUUCAAUGGGUGGAGGUGCAGCUUUAAUGGUCCCUUUGAAGUUUUCAGUUGUAACAGAAAAGACCGUUUUUGCCACUCCUGAAGCAAGUUUUGGUUUUCAUACUGAUUGUGGCUUCUCAUACUAUCACUCUCGUUUACCAGGGCAUUUGGGUGAAUUCUUGGCACUUACUGGAGGAAGGUUGAGUGGGAAGGAAAUAAUUGCUGCUGAACUGGCAACUCAUUUUGUCCUUUCUGAGAAAAUUGGUGAGCUAGAGAAGCGCUUGAUUAGCCUGAAUUCUGGUGAUGAGAAUGCCAUAAGAUCAGUACUUGAAGAAUUUUCUUCAGAAGUUAAUCUUGAUGAAGAGAGUAUCUUAAACAAGCAGUCAACAAUUAAUGAGUGCUUCUCAAAGGAUUCUGUAGAAGAAAUUAUAAAAUCAUUGGAAGUUGAAGCAGACAAAGAAGGAAAUAGAUGGAUAGGUGCAGUUGUGAAAGGAAUGAAAAGAUCAUCACCAACUGCGUUGAGAAUAACACUAAGAUCGGUUCGUGAAGGGAGAAGUCAAACACUAGCUCAAUGCUUAAAAAGGGAUUUCAGAUUAACAAUGAACAUACUUCGAGCUACAAUAUCUGAGGAUAUGUAUGAGGGUAUUAGAGCUCUUACCAUUGACAAGGAUAAUUCUCCAAAGUGGGAACCUUCAUCGCUUGACAAAGUAGAAGAUGCAAAGUUGGAGUUGAUCUUUCAGCCAUUUGAGCAGAAUUUGGAGCUGCAUAUUCCAGAAAGUGAGGAAAGCAGGUGGAAUGGUAAAUACGAGAAUUCAGCUUAUGCUGUUCGAAACUGAGAAAAAUUCCAAUCAUUGCUUAAAUGCUGCUUAUUUUAGAGUUCCUCCAACAUUAUGUCAUGAAUCAAUAAAUUUUUACAGAUGAAAUAAAUUCAUGCAGAGCCCUCUAAGUUUGUUGUCACUAUUUUGAGGGGAAAGAAAUAUGAACAUUGAGAUGGUACAAGUAUAAAUGAAGUAUGUUGUGAGAGUAU